UGACAAUGUAUAGUUAGUUAUGUGUCCCCAUGCUACGGAUCCGCCGCGGGACCGCCACGUAUAAACCGGGGAUUGAUCUCCCGGUCUGGCGCGCACAUAACACUCGAAAGAAUCUGAAUCUUCUUUUCUUCUCCAGAACAAGAAGAAGAAACAUUUCCAUAUACGCAUAAUAUAUCCAUCUAAAACCCACAGAUCUAUCUAUCUAUCUAUCUUUGCGUGAUUCACAAGUCUUCUUUCUUUCCGGUUAGGGUUUAAUCUUCUCACUCUUCCAAUCCAGCCUUCUUUUCUUCUAUUUCUCCGAUCAUUCAUGACGCACACAUACGCUUUUUGUGAUAUAUAGUUGUUAUCAAGCUCUUAGAAAAAAAAUCUUGGUUUAUCUCAUCCAAAUUAACUUUCGAAGACUUGAGUGUUGAAGAUUGCAGGAGGACCUGAGAAUGUUUUAAACUUAUCGUGUAAUCUUUAUAUCUUGAUAUCUAUACAUCUGUUACUCUGAACACCGACAUUAUUUGUAUUAGGUGUGCUAGAUGUAUAAUACCUGAAAUUAGCGAAUGGAUGACUACGGACAACCCGAGAUUUUGCCUUCAGCAUGGAUAAACAAGGAUCCAUUUGAAUUAGCAGAAUCACAUGUCUUCAUCAUCGCAUGUUUUGUCGCUGGGGUUAUCGGUAUCCUAACUAUUGUAUAUACCGCUUUCCAAUGGAGAAGAAACAUAAGUCUAAGUUUAAUGAAAGCUACCGCAAGAAAAAAGAAGGAUCCUAAGUCAAGAAGCAAGGUUCCUCUAGCCGCUCAUACCUGGUAUCUGGAGCCUGGAUCGCGUGGGAAAAACUUACACUGUUGUGUGUGCUUAAAAUCACUUUCAUCCUCUCAGACUCGUGGACCAAUGGUGGGUUCGGGUUCAGAUAGUUUUAUUCACCGUUGUCGAAUAUGCGGGGCUGCAGCUCACCUCAGUUGUUCAAGAAAGGCUCACAGAGAUUGUAAAUGUGUAUCUAUGAUUGGGGCUACUCAUGUCCUGCACCUAUGGGCUAUACGGUGGACCGAGGUGGUUGACCAACCUGAUGAAAUCUCGUUUUGCAGCCAUUGUGAAGAGCCAUGUAGCGCUUCUUUUCUUGGUGGUUCGCCAAUAUGGUGUUGCUUAUGGUGUCAACGAUUGGUUCAUGUUGAUUGUCAUAGUAGUUUUUACAGUGACACAGGUGAUGUUUGUGAUCUGGGCCCGUUUAGAAGGUUGAUUGUGUCACCCCUUCAUGUUAGGGAAUUGAGCCGGACUUCAUCCAGUGGAAUCUUGAGUUCCAUUACUCAUGGUGCUAACGAGAUUGCAUCUUCAGUGCGGGCGAGUAUUAUAAACCAAAGUAGGAAAACUAAGCAAGGAAAUGAAGUAUCUGUCGAAAGCGUAGAGGAAUCUUCUACAGAAAGCACAACUGACCAUAAUUUGGUAAAUGAUGCCACAAAUAGAACACAAGAAAAAGAAAACUACAAUGGGAACAUGAACAUGAACACAAAUGGUAUAAGUCAAAACCAAGAUGGUGAUGUGGUCAACAAGUUAGGUAGAAAGUUGAGUAUUAAAAGAAGCUUAUCAGAUAGUAAAAAUUACGAGUCCUAUGUAGCAGGGAUGAAACAUAAAUAUGAGUUGACUGAUUUGGGUCCAGAUGCAAGGCCUCUUUUAGUCUUCAUUAACAAGAAAAGUGGUGCUCAAAGAGGAGAUUCACUCAGGCUUCGGUUGAAUAUACUCUUGAACCCUAUUCAGGUUUUUGAGUUGAGCUCAACAGAGGGGCCUGAAGUCGGUCUUUAUCUAUUUAGAAAAGUACCCAAUUUCAGAGUUCUUGUAUCUGGCGGUGAUGGGACGGUUGGAUGGGUGCUGGACACAAUUGAAAAACAGAAUUUUGUUUCUCCGCCACCUGUCGCUAUUCUGCCAGCUGGAACCGGAAAUGACCUGGCGAGAGUUUUAGGUUGGGGAGGUGGUUUGGGAUCAGUGGAUAGACAAACUGGCCUCUGCACAAUGUUGCAUGACAUCGAACAUGCUGCUGUAACCCUUCUUGAUCGUUGGAAGGUUUCCAUAACUAACCAAAAGGGUAAACAGCUUCGAGCACCGAAAUUUAUGAAUAAUUAUCUUGGUGUCGGAUGUGAUGCAAAGGUUGCUCUAGAAAUCCACAAUAUGAGGGAGGAGAAUCCGGAGAAAUUUUAUAACCAGUUUAUGAAUAAAGUUUUGUAUGCUAGAGAAGGUGCUAGAACUAUUAUGGAUAGAACAUUUGCGGAUUACCCUUGGCAAGUUAGAGUGGAGGUAGAUGGCGUUGAUGUUGAGGUCCCUGAGGAUGCUGAGGGUAUUCUUGUUGCCAAUAUUGGUAGCUAUAUGGGUGGUGUAGACUUGUGGCAGAAUGAAGGUGAUAAUUAUGAUAAUUUCGAUCCUCAAUCUAUGCACGAUAAGAUACUUGAAGUUGUGAGCAUAUCGGGGACCUGGCAUCUUGGAAAGCUUCAGGUAGGGCUUUCUCGAGCUCGAAGGCUUGCACAAGGGCAGACCAUUAAAAUUCAGCUUCUUGCUCAAUUACCUGUUCAAAUAGACGGUGAACCAUGGAUGCAGUCACCUUGCACGUUGACCAUCUCACAUCAUGGCCAGGCUUUCAUGCUGAAAAGAUCCUCAGAGGAACCUCUUGGUCAUGCUGCAGCUAUAGUGGCCGAUGUGCUGGCACAUGCCGAAACAAAGCAAGUGAUAAAUGCAGCACAGAAAAGAACUCUUCUUCAGGAAAUGGCACUCAAACUAUCUUAAUACACACACUCCUAGUGAGUUUUACUUGUAGCAAAUCGUAUAUUUAUAGUUCGUCUCUUUUUCCACGCGUGUCAUGUGUUUCUUUCACACUUGUAUACAAAUCUUAUUAUAAAUAUAAAAUGAAAAAGUUUUUGACCAAUUUAACCC